AGAAGGAGAGAGAAGAGAGAGAGAGAGGAGGUGGAAAAAGUCCAGAGUCCAGGACCCGUCCAUCUAUAUGGGUUGCGUCCUGAGUUCGGACUGGUGUGGGGAGGAAGAGGUGCAACCAGUGGCGGUGGUCAGAAGCUCGUCUGUGAAGAGAAGGAGUCUGGAGAGGAGUGAGAGCAGCAGGAUGAGGCUGACAAAGGGGGUGAAGGGAGAGCCCCACGUCUUCAAGGAAAAGACCUUCAAGAAGAAGAGGCAGUGCAGCGUGUGCCGGCAGAACAUCGACAACAUCGGCUCCUUCUGCAGAGUAUGCAAGACAGCUGCCCACAGGAAGUGCGAGGCCAAGGUGACCUCGGCAUGCAUCCCAGCUCCAUCCAAUGAUUUGCAGCGUAGAGGGACCGCUCCUUCUCGACACAUCCAGCACCUGGGGUCCACCAAGUCUCUGACCUACGCCAAACAGAGAAACACCCUGCCAAGGAGCUUCAGCGUGGACCGUGUCAUGGAGAGAGUGAUGGAGCGCCACUACGACUUCGACCUGACCUACAUCACCGAGAGGAUCAUCUCCGUGUUCUUCCCGCCAAAGCUGGAGGAGCAGAGAUACCGUGUGAACCUGAAGGAGGUGGCUGCCAUGCUCAAGUCCAAACACCAGGACAAGUUUCUGCUCCUGAAUCUCUCUGAGAGGCGCCACGACAUCACCCGACUAAAUACAAAGGUUCAUGACUUUGGCUGGCCUGACCUCCACGCCCCGCCGCUGGAUAAGAUCUGUGCCAUAUGUAAGGCCAUGGAGACGUGGCUGACCUCUGACCCCCAACACGUGGUGGUCCUGCACUGCAAGGGCAAUAAAGGUAAAACAGGCGUGAUUAUUGCAGCCUACAUGCACUACAGCAAGAUCUCUGCAGGGGCGGACCAGGCUCUCAGUACUCUCGCCAUGAGGAAGUUCUGUGAAGAUAAGGUGUCCUCUUCCCUCCAGCCGUCGCAAAACAGGUAUAUCUAUUACUUUGGGGGCCUUCUGUCCGGUGCCAUCAAGAUGAACAGCAGCCCUCUCUUCCUCCACCAAGUCCUCAUUCCAUCGCUCCCCAACUUCCAGGGUGAAGGAGGUUACUACCCCUUCUUGAAGAUCUACCAGUCCAUGCAGUUGGUCUACACGUCCGGCAUAUACGACCUUCAGGGCACUGGAGGCAGGCGGCUGUGUGUGACCAUCGAACCAGCACUGCUGCUAAAGGGUGACAUCAUGGUCAAAUGCUACCACAGGCGAGCCCAGAGCGCUGACAGAGACACUGUGUUCAGGCUGCAGUUCCACACCUGCACCAUCCACGGGUCCCAGCUGUGGUUUGGCAAAGGGGAGUUGGACGAAGCUUGUGCUGAUGAGCGUUUCCCGUCUGAUGCCACAGUUGAGUUUGUCUUCUCCUCUGGACCUGAGAAAAUCAAAGGCCGUGAGUACCAGAAGAACGACCCAGCUGUCACAGUCGACUACAACACUGCUGAUCCAGUGGUCCGCUGGGACUCCUAUGAGAACUUUAACCAGCGAUACCAGGACAGCCUGGAGGAUAUUGCCCACACCAGAGGUCCUCUAGAUGGCAGUCUUUAUGCUCAGAUAAAGAAGCGCAGAGGUCCCGGCUCUGGUUCCCUCACCUCAACCAAUGGCAGCAGCCCAGGGGCAGGCCUUGUAGAAGAUAGGCCGGAUCAUCACAUCAUUCAAGGUUCUGACUCCGCCCUGUCAGCCCAUUCUGGCCAUUCUGCCCAUUUAAACCAAUCAUCUACCAAUCCUGAGCGCCAGGAGGAAGCCAUUCGCCCAAUGCCCCCAACCAGACAGGAGAGAGAGGAGCUUGAACGUCUUCUUGGAGGUAUAGAGGGAAACCGGGAUGGAGAGCGAGAGACCGCCAUCUUGGACGAUGGAGAUUCUUUGCCCUCCGAGAGGACCGGGACACUGAGGCUGAGUCGCUCCUGUUCCUGCCGGGAUGGUUACCGGUCCCAGCGUUGUGCCGAGCCUGGCUGUGACCGCACCCUCCUCAUGCCCAAUGGUUACUGCCUGGACCGGGCCCCAGGCACCAACGGGCACCAUGGGGCGACCCCUUCUGCCAGCCCCAACCCAGCUGCUCCUCCGUCACACAUGGAUCUGUGCCAGCACUACACCCCCCACUCCCACCAGUCCCUUCCACCUCCAGAUCUGGUUUGGGACCGCCAGAGUGGCCCUCCGCACUACCUGCACCGCUCCUGCUCCGAGGCUCCCACACCUCGACAUAUCUGCCCAUACCCAUCACCAGACCUCACCCCUCACCCUCACAACCACCCACAUCACCACCCUCUGUCUGCCCCGCCUCGCCUCUGCUGUAGAGAAGACGACUACGGUCCCUAUCAUCACCCUCCUCCACCUCACAGCCACCACCAUCCCCACCCACACCACCCCAAACCCUCCACCAGCCCCACCUACCAUGAUAUAAUGCUGAUGGAUGGUCUGCCGCCCCCUGGCUGCCCCUGCAGAGACUGCAGCAUCAGGAGAGAAGACUCGGCGGCCUAUCACAGCCUGAGGCUGGACCAAGGUGAUGGUUUCCACUGGGAUAGAGAGGCGGAGCUUCAGCAGAGGGAGGUGGGGCUUAGGAGAAGCAGGGAGGCAGAGUUACCCAGAGGGUCGGAGCUCCACUGGGAGAGGGAUCCUGGGUUGAGACGAGGCAGAGAGUUGUCCCUCCACUGGGAGAGAGACAGGGAGGUUGAGCUGCAGUGGGAGAGGGACCGAGAGGCUGAAUAUUGGCACAGGAGGGCCACCGUAGCCUCCUAUGGCCCACAGGGUCACGAUCUCCCAGCCUUCACAUUCGACCCCUUGCCAUCGGGUCACCCAGCUUACCCAGAGGCCUCAAGGUCCCAUGCUCAUUCCCACCUGGACCUGAAGUACAGCAGCAGCAGCAGCGGUUACCAGACGCCCCGCCAGGCGUGCCCCUGCUCGCCUUACCAGCCCUCGCCAUCUGAAAGCAGAGGCUACGCCUCUGGCUACCAGUCCGAGUCCACGUCCCCGCUGCCCCCGGCUUCCUCCAUGACAGGGCCCUGCAGCCAUAGCAACGGCCCAGUGGAGCAUAACCACAACCACCACCAUCACCAUCCAGACUCUCAGCAGUCAUACGGCUCUGACUCACACACUGAUGGCCUUCGGAGCUCUGGUGAAAGUGUUGCCUGGAGGGAUCACAUUACACAUGGUUCCUUUAAGAGGGUCCACAGAGACGCCCAUGCUGCAUGCUCCACGCCAUCUGACAUGUCUGGACCGUCCACUCCUGUCCACACCAGCAGCCCCCUGCGUACACAGGAGAGUCCCAGUCCAGGAGGCAGAGAGUACGAGAUCCGGACCACAGACAUCCUCAGCAGUGACUACGAGGCUUCGCAGCCCCAGGACCAGGACCAGGACCAGGACCAGGACCAGCACUACCGUGUUGAUGUGAUUGCCCAGGAAUCCCUGGAAAGCCAAAGAAGCAGCACAGAGCCUCCAUCUGUGCCACAAACAGCCAGACAUACGCAUUCACAUGCAACCACACCUGUACAAACAGAAGCCCACAACCACUGCACUGCUCCACCAGCCCUGCCCCCCCCGGCCCCCCAACAGCAGCACUGUAGCCCACAUACACCGUCAGCUCCCACAACGCAGAACGCUUCUUUUGACUCUGCAACACCAGCCACAUCAAACCAGGGAUUCUGCCAGGCUCCUUCCUCCCCCAUCAGAGCUGCUCCAGAAACCCCCCACCAGCCCGGCCUUGUCCCCCUCCAGACCCCCCACCAGCCCGGCCCUGUCCCCCUCCAGACCCCCCACCAUUCAGAGGCUGCUGCUCUGCCGUCCAUUGUGGCACCAGCACUGCCCCAGCCUCAGAGCCAGAGCCAAACCCAAGCUGCCGGGAUUACAACCCCAUCUUCUCCAACCAGGGGAGCUAACCCAGAAACCACCAAACCCACCCCCAGCCCCAACACCACCUCCGCCCCAGCAUCCCCCUCCCCAGCUUCACCGUUAUCCCCCCAGCCGGCCUCCAGCAGCAUGGAGGGCUCCCCGGUCUCUGAUACCCCAGUUCCUGGCUUUGCCACUUUGGGUAGGAGGUUGAUGUUGGGGGGCGGGUCUGACCCCAAUCAUCCAAACCACAUCCAGCAGCACGGAGCCCCCCACCACCACCACUACCCAGGAAACAUGGAGCACACUUCUGCUCCAGACGCUAACAAGAGGCCCUGCUACUCCGCUCACACUCCUCAGCUCCACCCAUCCUCCUACUCCAACUACUCCACCAUCUCCAUCCCCCUCCCUCACCCCCAGCCGCCGCUGCCGGAGAAGCGCCACCCGCCGGUGCAGCCAGGGUCACCCAACGAUGGGUUGGGGGCUCUGAGAGCAGCAGUGGGCCAUGUGCCCGCCUCCAACGCCAGCCCCGCCCAACAUCAGCACCAUGUCACCUUCUCUCCCACCGUGGGGGAAAUUGCACCACCAGCAGGCAAAAAUGACGAAGUGGCAUCUGUGGAGGCUGAGAAUGGGACGCGGGUCAGUGUGAAGUUUGUCCAGGACAGUUCAAGGUUCUGGUAUAAACCUGGCAUCUCCAGAGAGCAAGCUAUCGCAGCGCUAAAGGAAAGAGAGCCGGGAACCUUCCUGAUCAGGGACAGUAACUCCUUCCAGGGAGCCUACGGCCUCGCCCUGAAGGUGGCUACACCUCCUGUCAAUGUCAACAACCACAGCGGCAAAGUGAGUGACCCUCUGGAGCAGCUGGUCAGACACUUCCUGAUAGAAACAGGCCCAAGAGGAGUCAAGAUUAAAGGAUGUCAGAAUGAGCCUUACUUUGGGAGUCUGUCUGCAUUAGUGUACCAACACUCCAUCACUCCCAUCUCUCUGCCCUGCGCUCUCAAGAUCCCUGAAAAAGAUCUGAUCGGAGAAGUGCCGGAGGUUCUACCAGUGAAUAACAUCAGCACGGCUGCCGACCUGCUGAAACAAGGAGCAGCCUGUAACGUCCUCUACCUGAACUCUGUGGAAACAGAGUCUCUAACCGGCCCCCAGGCCAUCGCCAAGGCAACAGAUGCUUCCCUGGGUCGGAGCCCGCGUCCCGCUGCCACCGUGGUCCAGUUCAAGGUGACAUCACAGGGCAUCACACUGACCGACAGCCAGCGCAGGGUUUUCUUCAGGAGACACUACCCAGUGAACAGCGUAACCUUCAGCAGCAUCGACCCUAAAGACAGGCGGUGGACUAACUCAGACAACACCAAUGUAAAGGUGUUUGGUUUCGUAGCCAAGAAGCCGGGCAGCUUGGCAGAGAACGUUUGCCACCUGUUUGCUGAGUUGGACCCCGAACAACCUGCUUCUGCCAUCGUCAACUUUAUCAACAAAGUCAUGUUGUCACAGCGCCGAUAGAGGGAGACAGCCAGCCCCCCUUUGACCCCAAACACUUCAUUUUAUAAUACAGUUAAAUAGUGUUGGAGGAAAACAAAUGUGUUCAAAUAAAGCCAUGUUAAUUGUGUUAAUACUAAGGACAAGGAUGCUUCAGAGGAAACUUCCACAGUUGCUUUCCAAGAAUGAACCAGUCUUGUACAUCUACCCGGGGUCUAUGUCAUGAGAAAGGUUAGUGGGCCGUCCAGCUUUCUUUGGGCAUAACUCAGGUUUAAUGGUGUCAUGAAGCUGGCCAGUGGCGGUUCUAGACCAAUUUUGCUGUGGGGGCCAAGGAGGGGCCAGUGUUUAACCCUUAAUAGGAAACUCAUUGAAAUACUUGCAAAUUCCAAAUUUCAACCCUAGAGAAUAUUGGAGGAUAUUACAUACAGCCAGAAUGUUUAAAAAAACAUACGAAAAUAAUAUUUUGAGAAAAAAAGUUUACGAGAUUAAAGUGGCAAAUCAACAAAAAAAAAAAUGUGCAGAUUUAUAAGAUUUAAAGUGGUGAAUCCGGGAGAAAAAAGUUCUUUUUUCCCCCACUUUUUUCUCGUAAAUCUGCGACUGUUUUCGUGCAGAUUUGCCUCUUUAAAUCUCUUAAAUCUGCAGCUUUUUUUCUGUAAAUAUUAUCUGAAGUUACCAAAUAUAGUUAUUUGCCUGAUAAAGGGUUAAUCAGAGGGGCUUAUUUAAAAACGGCAAAGAUGAUAUUUAAGCAUUCAAAACCUUUAUUUUACCUUAUUAUUUAGUAUUUUUGGAAGAUACAAAUACAUUGAUUGAAACAAUGAGACUUUCCAACAAGAACAGUUAUUUUUGUACGACAACGGUAUUUCUCAUCUUUGUGCACAAUUACUUUUUUUUGUUUUGAAAGUGCAGUACAGUGAGAAUUAUCAUUUUUUUUUAAUAUACACAAGCUUUUAUUGCUUUUAUUUAACUACACAAUGUACACAUUUUGGGUUCCUUUUGUGUACAAUGAGAUAUUGUUUGAAGAAAAAAUAGGUAAGAAUUGUUCCGUCAUUCAUCGUCUGUGAAGAAGAAGUUUAUGGUCUCAAUCACUAAUUUAAAGUCUUCUUUAAUACAGCAUGAUGUUCAUUUUGUAAAGUAUGGUCCCAUUUAGAGUCAAAUAGACAAUAAAGCAGAGUGUGCUUUAGGAUGUAGCUAACUUUUGAAUGACAACUCGCAACCAUAGCAACAUUACAUGUUUUAAGCCUGCUUUUGUUUGCUAUAAUUAGCAUCCUAAUGAAUAUCACAGUAAACAGGAAUUAAGGAGGCACCUUGCUGACCGAGUAGCUAGCCAUGGUUAGCUUCAGCUGGUAGCUCUCACCCUCAUUUAAAUAUGGUCACUUCUGGCUUCAAAAAGAGAUUUUUCACUUAUUCAAAAUGGGUAGAACAAAACAGGUAUGGGAUUAAGAAUCAGAUGACAGUUGGUGGAAUAUUUGAACCAAACCACAUGAAUACAGGUUACGUAACAGUAUCACAUAUCAGACACCUUUUGGCUAAGAUUAUAUCAAAAUUUCACAUUAACUACUAUUAUUAAUGAUCAUGUUAUGCUUCAUAUAUAUAUAUAUAUAUAUAUAUAUAUAUAUAUACACUACUGGUCAAAAGUUUUAGAACACACCAACUUUUCCAGAAUUUAAUUGAAAAUGAUGCAGUUUAAUGUCUCAGUGUACUCUGAAGUUAAUGCACAUUUGCAACUUUUAAAAUUCUUUAUUGAGCAUGAUAGUGUUUUGAAAGUAAAGAAAGAUUCAAAAUCACAUUUUAUGUUGGACUAAAGGACUAAAAAAAGACACAAAAUGACCAAAAAAAGACACAAAAUGACUAAAAAAGACACCAAAAGACACAAAAUGACUAAAAAAGACACAAAAUGACCAAAAAAAGACACAAAAUGACUUAUAAAGACAUGAAAAUAAUUCAAAAAAGGAAAAAAUAGCCCAAGACUCCAUAGAGUUAAGUUGUUAACCCAUUUAUUGUUCCCUGAAAAAGGCCUACUUGUAUAAUUCUGAAAUGUACAUUAUUUUUCAGUUUUGGUUAACCUUACCUUUUUUUAUUUACCUCUGGCAGUUCACUACUUACCUUUGUACCCUUUCAAGCUGUUCAUUUGACUUGAACUGCUUGAAUUUCAAUAAAAAACUGGAAAAAUUGGGGUGUUCUAAAACUUUUGAACGGUAGUGUAUAUAUAUAUAUUUAUUUUUAAUAAAUAAAUACUAUUUGAUGCUGCUAAUCUAAGUUUUCAGGAGCUUCAAGUAUGUAACUCAAGGUUCUGAUUCUGUUACAGCUUCAUGAUACCAGUAACCAGACUGAGUUAAACUCAACUCAUGAGACAGGUCCCUGGUUAAAUGAUGGCUAAAUACAACGUUAUGGACUGGCUCAGACUGGUGUUCAGUAUUAAAGCAGACUGGGUUAAGAGGGCCUUCCCUUGCACUGUUUCUGGGCACCAAAGCCCUAUAAUGUUCAACACUUCGACAUAAUAACUGCAUUCAUAAACAGCAGGUGUUUAUAUUUUCUGACAAAAAACCUUAUUUUUCUUUGUGUAAAGAAAUGGCCAAAGCCCUGGUGAUGUAAUUUAGUUUCUAUAUGUAGAGAUGUUCAGGUAUCCAGAUGUAUGUACAGCAUAUUUACAGCCACUCUUGCCUUCAACCCUACAACAGCACCUUUUUGAGUGUAACACAUUUUAUCAUAAUCGACAAUCAUGUUUUUUUUCACUCACGUACAUUUAAUAAACGGAUCGAGCGAGAGACUUAACUCUCUGAUGAAAGUAAACAUGAAAGUGAGGUUUCUAACUUUUAACGAAUAUGUGUGUGUGUGUGUGAGAGAGAAAGAGAGAGGGAGGGAGUGGCCUUGGUGUGUGUGUUUGUGUGUGUGUAUGGUGGCCCUCAGAGCUCACAGCACUGCAGCUUAAGAAAACACAUGCAAAUAAACAAAACACAAGCAAAUUGAGAAAACAUCAUCAAUUUGACAACACAAGCGCAGCAUUUAGAUAACAAAGACCACAACACAACAGAAGUGUUUCCAGAGGACACUUAAAAGUGAUGCACACAUCUGGACAUGCUUGUAAUAUUAUCGUGUUAUUUCAAGAUAAUGAUAAUUUUGUAACUUUUGUUUACAUUUUUAUAACAGUCAUAGCGUGCUAACGUUAGUCAGCAAUCAAUAGCGUGCUAGUGUUAGCGGGCUAGCAAGACCAACUCGGUGCCGCUGAAAGCGACCAACUAAAAUGUGUAUCGUUCAUUUAUUUGAUUUGUUUAACUGCAAUGUGAUUGAUACGGGCUAGUGGGCUAACGCUAGCGGGCUAACGCUAUAUAUCACGUUAUAACGUGAAAAUAUCAUGAAGUUAUUAUGAAGUUAUCAUGAAAUAACGUGAUCAUUUCACGUUAUAAUGUCAGAACGUGAAAUUAUCAUUUUCUUGAAAUAAUGUGAUAAUAUCACAAGUGUGUCCAGAGGUGUGCAUCACUUUUAAGUGUCCUCUGGAAACACUUCUGUUGUGUUGUGGUCUUUGCAGCGUUUUCUAAAUGUUGCGCUUGUGUUGUCAAAUUGAUGAAGAUGUUUUCUCAGUUUGCUUGUGUUUUGAGUAGUGCAUGUGUUUUCUUAAAUUGCAGCGAUGUGAGCUCUCAGGGCCACCGUAUGUGUGUGUGUUGAGGGUAUUUAGGUUAAUACGUUGGGUAAGGUAUUGUUAACGUCCAUUUUAAAAGACAUGUAUGUGAAACGGGGAAAAAGCUAGAUUGAGAAGGACGUACAGUGUUCAAGCACACUGUUGCUGUGAAACGUUUGGUGUUCAUUCACUGCUUCACAUGUUGUGAUUGUGAAAUUCAUUCUAUAUUAAGUUAAGACCGGUAAACACACACGAGCAAAGCAGUGGCCUAAAGACAGACGAACCUAACCAAAGACGAAGCACUCUUGUAUUAAUAAGCUGUUUAUCCAACUAUAUUUUUGUACUUAUUGCUUCUUGUGUUUUGACUAUGCAUUUAUUUAGUGUGUUGCCUUGUUUGGUAAAAAAAAAAAAAAAAAAAACAUAGAAAAACACUACUUGUAUUACAGCGAUAAUAUAUUGUGGUCUGUUUUCUUGUUGAUCUCUAUAUUAUGUAGUAAUAUAUUUUCACAUGCAGCUAUAGGACAGUGUAUGAGACAUAAAAAAGGAAACAUUUGUUUGUUUGAAAAGGACAUGAUGCUAUUUUGUAUGCAAAAAAAAUGAAGAAUAAACUGAAAUGAUGUGGUACCUAAA